AGAUAGACAGCCAGAGAAGGAGGCAGACACACUGGCUGAGAGACACACAGAGGCACAGGCCGGCCGCCGUGACACACACCUCACACACCUCACACGCUGACACCGCUCUUGUAAAUACCAUGUAUGUGAGCUGUCACACUAAUGGCCGGCACAUCCUGACAGCUCAGAUUGCUGUGACACACAGACACACAUACAAAGGCUGUUCUGUCACAGACAUAUUCAGCUGAUCAGCGCAGUGUGACCGUCGUUCCCCGCAGGGACAGAUCAGCGUAACGCCUGUUCUGGUACAUGAACAAAUUAUGCUGCCCGUUACAUUACCAACUCCAAUGAAUUUCUAACUGAAGUUCCACUUUGUGCCCUGGUGCCAUGCUCUGCAGUACCUGCAAUCAUGUCGGCUUGUGGCUCAUUUACAGAGCAUGUUUGGAAACCAGGGGAAUGCAAGAACUGCUUUCAGCCAAAAGGUCAGCAUCAGUUAUCAGCUCUUGGCAGAGGCAACCCUGGUCAACCACCUCCUCCUCCACCACCACCUCCUCCUUAUCGAGCAAAUCAUACCAAAGUCAUUUCCAACCAGCGACCACGUGCAACCACUGGUUUCAAGCCACCUGUAGCCAAGAAACCUACGAUUGCUGUGAAGCCUACAAUGAUGGCUGUAGAUGGAGCAGUGUGCCAUCCUAUUCAGAGUCAUUCUAGGUCACCACUGCCCACACAAAACACUCGAAGACCAGCCCAGAACGUAGUAUCUAAUGAUGAUCGAGCAAAUAACAACACAGGAUCGGAACAAACAGUCACUAAUAACAAUCAUGUGAGUAGCAGUGGACUCACAGAAGUACUGAAAGAGAUAGCAGGCUUGAGUCUAGUAGAACCUGUACCUCCCUCAGAAGUUACACCUCGAGAAAACUUUCUAUAUAGGAUCAACCAAUGUUAUCGCCGCUCUUUAGAGAGGAAGCCAUCUGCUAGCUGUUUAUCUGGAAGUCGUCAUGAAGGAGAAGAGCCCAAAAAAGGUGUUAGAAGAGUAGCAUUAAGUGGAGAAGAAGGUGCAGUUAUUGGAGUGGAUGGUGGACGCUUCUGCUAUCCAGAGUUUUCCAGUAGUGAUGACAGCUGGGAUGAAGAAGAUGAAGAAGAGCAAGGGGAACAAGACAGCUGGGAAGAAAGUGAUGAAGAGCUUCUGGCAAUGGAGAUUCGUAUGCGGGGACAACCUCGGUUUGCAAAUCUUCAAAGUGGUAGUCUGUCUCCUGUGCCAGGAAGACUUGGGAAACGACAGAAGUGGAAUACUGUGCCAUUACGCCAGAGGUCCUUACAAAGGGUGUGUGCUGUGGACUAUGAUGAUAGCUAUGAUGAGAUCCUUAAUGGCUGUGAAGUGGGUGGACAGGGUGACUGCAACAUUGUGUCUCCUUCACCUGAUACGUCAAUGGUUGAUACCUUAUCUUGUCCUCCCUCCUCUUCUUCAUCCUCCACAUCAUCAUCAUCAUCAUCCUCUUCUUCUGGGGGACUUUUUUGCAAUGGAAAUGCAGUCACAGAGAAAGCUUCAGCAGUUGGGCCAGAUAGUACAACGCAAGAUAUAAACCAAGAUAAUGGUAUAGCACAAGCCAAGCCAUAUCGUGUGGUCAACUUGGAGCAACCAGUCUGUAAACCAUACACAGUAGUUGAUGUUUCUGCUGCUAUGGCUGGGGAAUGCCCAUCUCGUCUAAACACAAAGCAGAAGAAGUCAAGCUCUACACGUUACCAGGAGGUUUGGACAUCAAGCACUAGCCCUCGGCAGAAGCUUGCAAAAACCGAAAAUGUGGAAGCUCCUAAACGAAGCUGCUAUAAGUCUGCUCCAACAUCUCCCACUGCUGGUUUAAGUGCCCAUACCGUACCUGUUCGUUCUCCCAACUUAUCUGAAAUCAAAUUCAACAGCUAUAACAAUGCAGGAAUGCCACCUUUUCCUAUUAUUAUUCAUGAUGAACCUGAAUAUGCCCACAGCUGUAAAAGUGCUGAUAAAGUGCCCAUCCUAAUUAAUCCUAGUGCUUAUGAUAAUUUAGCUAUUUACAGAAGUUUUGUUGGUUCUGGUGGUGCCUUCCCCCCACCUCCAGACAAGGAAAAGCGUCAGACUGGAAGUGUAGCAAGCCACACAUAUGAGGAAAUAGAAACCCCUGCUAAAGCACCAAAAAAAGAGGAGUCUGCUGGUGGGGUCUCUCAGGAAACAGGUAGUUGUGCACGUGAAAGUGCCACCCGUGUUCUAUCUCAGAUAGUGGCAUCUAUCCAACCCCCCCGGUCUCCACCAGAAGCUUUGACUCCGGAAUCAGGCAGUAGUGAUGAUCAUCGUCCACCAGAGAUCCAUUCUGAUCCAGAGCAUCAUACUGGUUCUUUAGGAAGACCAAAAACUCUGUUUUCCUCCCAAAGUGAAAAUUUUGGAACUGUGAGUUUAACCAAGAACUCUCCUGCACUUUCCAGUGAUGACAGCCCGACUGUAUCUGCCACAACAGAACCUCUUCCCCCUUUCCCACCUCCACGUUCUACUUCGUCACCCUACCAUGCAACUAUGUUGCACAAACACUUUGCAACCCGUGGAAAACCAGUUGGAACUAACCGACCUUCAGCAAUUGAUUCUGCAACACAGCCACGCCGGCCAGCAGAUGGCAAGCCACGUCGAUGGAUAUCCUUCAAAAGUUUUUUCAGGAGGAAGAAGGAGGGAAGUGGACAAGGAGGAUGUGAGGACAGAGGUGAUGAAGGAAAGCUAGUAGGGCUAGAUGGCACUGUUAUUCACAUGCUUCCACCUCCACCAGUUCAAAGACAUAAUUGGUUCAGUGAAAGCCGAGUAGAGCCCGGAGAGAAACCAUCCAUUGUGUUCAUGUAUCGGUCAGAGGAAGAGCAAGCUGCAGGAAGUCCACAGGACAGCAUUGGCACUGAGACCAGGUCUAGCAGUAGAGUUCUGGCCAGAGCUAAGCACUGCACACCAGAAUGGCGUUUGGUGGCAGACGGUACAGACAUCACUCCUGACGAUAUGCCUGUGCAAGACUCUACUUCACUUGGCCCCACGAUGCUCCAAAGUCCUGAUGAGCAGAAUCGGGCAGACAGUUCACCACCACCUGCCGUUGCUGAGGUCCAGACACGUGAAGAACCUGCUCCUAUCUCUGGUGCAGCCUCUGACUGCUCAUCUGACCUAAGUCCGGGGGGAGCCACCUACACUAACUUAGGUCAGUGUCGAGCAAAUAUGAUCCCAUAUAAACAGCCUCGCCAGACCCAUGGCGGAAGUCCGCCUAAUGAACCAGAGCCCCAUCCAACCCCUCCUCCUCUUCCAAAGAAAAAUCUGACCCCUCGACAGUCCACCCCAGAGAAAUCGCAUGGGACAUCGCUAAGCCUGGGUAACCCCACAUAUGAUACAGACCGCAGCUGGGAGACUGGGGUCAAUGAGUCGGGAGACUCCAUGGAGCGACCCAAAGCUGGUGGAGGGAAGAUUGCUGAAUUACAGGUAGAAGCCCUGCGCCGCUUCUAUGCUCGCUGUGAGGACAUCUUCAUGGCAGGACAAAGAGAGCCAAUUAGCUUUGGACUAGAAAGUUGGCCAGACUUCAGGCUAACGAGCCCCACGCCAUGCUCCCGAGCUGGAGAUUCAGUAUAUUACCGAGCAUCAUACGCACGUGACCCUGGAAAUCUCUAUGCUGUGAAGAUUUGCCGCAGCAAAUCUAAGCAAGCCCAGCAGGAAUACUACCACUGCCUGGCUGUACGACAGGGCCUCACUGAACAUUUCAAUAUCCAGCAGGAUUGUGGGCAGUUUCUGGCUGAGGUACCUGCACGUUUACUACCCUGGGAAGAUCCUAAUGUAUCUGAAGAGGAGGAGGAGGCAGAAGAAGAGCAAAAAGAGAAUAUAGAUAUGGCCCAAAAACGGAAAGAGCCCCCAAACAAAGAUCAAAAGCAAAGCUCUCCUAAUAAUCAAGGUUCAUUGGGCAAACGGAGGAGUAGAGUGGUAGUCAUUACCCGAGAACCCCCCAGACAGACACUUGCAGAUUUUGUACGGGAGGGUGAAAUGCAACAUCGUAGAGAGCCAGAGCUGUAUGAACGCCACGUGUGUCUAUUACUGCUUCAGCUCUGUGGCGCUCUGGAGCAUUUGAAGGCGCAAGGUAUUACUCACUGUGAUCUUCGUCUAGACAACCUUUUGCUUGCCAGCUGCCGUCCUGGUGAGUCAGGAUGUAGUUGUUGUCAUAGGUCUGGCACAGAGGAGCCAAAAGAGCAUGCCAAGGAAACUAGUCCUUCUGAGCAGAGAGCAUUCCCAACCUGUGCUGGCCGAUUGCUUCUCACCAACUUUAGCCAAGCUAAACUUAAGAGCCAAAGAGUUUGGCGUCCACAGGGCCUUGGCGAUCCUUCACGUAUGGCUCCUGAGAUUGUGGGAGCAGCACAGUACCGACGGAGUGAUGAGUUUCAGACUGGAAUCCUCAUCUAUGAAAUGUUGCACUUACCCAACCCUUUCCUUGAUGGGGGUUUAAAAGAAAGAGAAUAUGGGCCCUGUGACUUACCAGCUGUGCCACGACGCUCUCCAUAUUCACGAGGCUUGGGGCGUCUGGCAGGGCUUCUCUUGCAGCAUAGCCCUUCAGAUAGGCUUCAGGUGGGACAAGCCAAAGCUGCUCUACGCUGCUUAAUUUGGGGCCCUCGAGAAGAAGUUCUGCAAGGAUCAGGAUCUCUACAUAGCUGGUUGGAGGUGAAGAGGACAUUGCUACUAAUAAGACUAGCAGAGCGAGCUUUGGAGAAAGAGGGUGGAGUGACUCUGGAGGACUGGUUGUGCUGUCAGUACCUGGCAUUUGGCACAGCUCAGGGACUGGCACAGACACUACGCCUACUGGAACAAAACUGAAAGGCAUAGUCCUCCUCUACUUUUUCCCGACAGUCUGUGUGCAAUAGCUGGGAUACCCCAGAAGGCUCCGUUUAAGAAGCUUGAACGUCCAGUGUUAUACCACUCCUUCCUGCACAGUCAGGCAGAUACCUAAGCAGAUAUUACUACACUCACAAGUGGGUUCUCAUAUACAUUUGCAUGCCUCAAACAAUGGACUUAGUAUAGACAUUGUAAUAAGCGUAUUUACAGGCAAGUAUAUUUCAUUUUAUUAACACAUUUUACAAUGUCGCCCCCUUUUCAUACAACCAUAUAAAUGCUGCCAGCAACCACUUUUUUACCAUUUCCAUUUUCUUUAUGUGUAAGUCUACUGCUUACAGGUAUAGCUAGAUUGAUUCUAUUUAUCACUGACAUAAUCAGCCAUCGUUACAAGCCGUCUGAUGGACACACCAUGCAAGUAUUGAUGCAUCCGGUCCGCAUACCUGUAAGAGAGGGAUACACAAACUGAAGCCAUGACACAUACAGAGCACUGCUGAUACACUAAACAUACACACAAUCUGCCAGGCUGUGGGGGAGAGAUUACCAGAACUAGUAUUAAUAUGAAAUGUUUUAUUCUUAAGGCUUUUAAUACCAUAAAUUCAUAUUUAUAUUUAUAUGCAACUACACAUGCAGUAUCCUUCAAGAACCACACCCAUAGUGUUAAUUCAUAUAUAGAACUAUAUACAGUAUACACGAUGUGAAGACAGAAGCGUCCUUGACGCUUCACGUUCCUAAUCUUAUGGGGAGUCGGCGGCAGAUGUGCCCCACUGCUCAGUAAUUCCUCUGUUAUAGGAGGCGAGGGGAGCAGAGGUGGUCAUCUGGUAUAGGUGUCCCAUGCUCCGAUGCCUCCAUUCUUUUUUGUUUUUGUUGUGGUACUUUUUCCAUCUUUACUGCUGAUGUUCCUACUGUUGCUGUGUUAAUAAAUCUGUUUUAUGGCA